GGUGGGCGGAUUUUAUAUUUUCAGUUUUGUGCACUUCCAUGAAACAAAUGUCCUUUUCAAAGAGCACAUAGAAUAAAUAGUUCCUCUUUUAAUUUGUUGUAACUCGAGCUAGCAACUGUAAAUCACGUGACGCUGUUGUAUGAUUAAACAGGAAACUUGGUUUAUGCUUCAUAUCCGCACACUUCCUGCUAUGUUAGGGAGGUCUAUGGUAUAUGCGACAAGGACAUAUUUCUGGGGGAUAUAGUUUAUUUCUGUGAUUAUGGCGUUGUCAAAAGGGUUUAAAGGUUCUCCUACGGGAACACCCGCAGUGAUCAUUGACUGUGGGACAGGGUAUACAAAAAUGGGGUAUGCUGGUAACACUGAGCCACAGUUCAUCAUUCCUUCAGCCAUUGCAGUAAAAGAAUCUGCGUCAGUGGGAAAUAAACAGGUCAAAGGGGUGGAGGAUCUAGAUUUCUAUAUUGGUGAUGAAGCUGUUAAUGCAACAGGUUAUUCUGUGAAGUGGCCUAUAAGACAUGGCAUUGUAGAAGACUGGGAUUUGAUGGAAAGAUUCCUUGAACAGGCCAUUUUCAAAUAUCUGAGAUCGGAACCUGAAGAUCAUUACUUCUUACUGACUGAACCUCCAUUGAACACACCAGAGAAUCGUGAAUACACGGCUGAAAUAAUGUUCGAAUCCUUCAACGUACCUGGUUUAUACAUAGCUGUACAAGCUGUGUUGGCUCUGGCUGCAUCAUGGACAUCCCGGCAAGUUGGCGAAAGGACCCUAACGGGAACAGUCAUAGAUUCCGGCGAUGGUGUCACUCAUGUCAUCCCUGUUGCUGAGGGCUACGUGAUAGGAAGUUGCAUAAAGCACAUUCCCAUUGCUGGUCGAGACAUCACCUAUUUCAUUCAACAACUGCUGAGAGAGAGAGAAGUUGGAAUUCCUCCAGAGCAGUCCUUAGAAACAGCCAAAGCUAUCAAGGAAAAAUUUUCAUAUGUGUGUCCUGAUAUUGCUAAAGAAUUUUCGAAGUAUGACCAGGAUCCCAGCAAAUGGAUGAAGAAAUAUGAGAGUAUCAAUAAUGUCUCAAAACAGUCAUUUGCUGUUGAUGUUGGAUAUGAACGCUUUUUAGGUCCAGAAAUUUUCUUUCAUCCUGAGUUUUGUAAUCCAGAUUUCAUCACUCCAAUAUCAGAAGUGGUGGACACUGUUAUACAGCAUUGUCCAAUAGACACACGGAGAGGAUUGUAUAAGAACAUAGUGUUGUCUGGGGGCUCAACCAUGUUCAAGGACUUUGGAAGGAAGGUUCAGCGUGAUGUAAAGAAAGUUGUGGAUGCCAGGCUGAAGAUGAGCGAGGAGUUAAGUCAAGGAAGAAUUAAGCCUAAGCCAAUUGAUGUGCAGGUCAUAACCCAUCAUAUGCAAAGAUAUGCUGUGUGGUUUGGUGGAAGUAUGCUGGCAUCUACACCUGAAUUUUAUCAAGUGUGUCACACGAAAGCAGAUUAUGACGAGCAUGGACCUAGUAUUUGUCGGCACAAUCCCGUCUUCGGUACAAUGUCAUAGUACAGUGGAUCAUUUUUCAGAGAGGACAGGGAAAAAUGAUUCGGUGGCUUCCAAACAUACUGAAGAUGCCAACUUAAUUUGGUUGAACGUUUAUGAUUGAAUUAUAUGAAAAGUUUAACAGUAAACAACAUAUAUAUUAGAAAGUUGCUUAAUAGCAAAUAUCCAUUUACCGUAUAUAUUAAAAGUACACACAAUCAAUUGGGUGCAUCCAUGUUGCAUAGGGAUUGAAAGUUUUUGAGGACAAAAUGUCAGCUGAUGCUAGAGCAGAAAGGAACAAACUAAUUGUAUUGUUACAACAACAAAGACACUUUCAAGUUUAAAGGUCAUAUAUUUGAGUGUAGGAUGCAUAUAAAGAUUUGUAUAUCUCUUGUUUCAAUUCAUUAAAGUAUUUAUCAUUGAAUGAAGGUUUUUUUUAUGUACAUGACAUGUAUAAAAUAAAACAUACAGAUUAUCA